CCCCAUAAAGAGUACCUACAAAACGCCAAAAUUAAAACCCGGCAGGUCAGAAUUCAGAAGCUCUGCCUGUUCAUCGAAGCUUUACACAUUUUCUUCUUCAAAACCUCAAAUUUACCAGUUAAAAUUCAUUAACAAUGGUUGGGACGCAACAAGAGAGAGAAGAGAAAGUAUCGUUAGAACUAACAGAAGAAAUUCUUCAAAGCAUGGAAACUGGCAUGGUUUUUAGAGAUUAUAACGGAAGAAUUAGUUCCAUGGAUUUUCAUAAGACAUCAAGUUAUCUAGUAACUGCUAGUGACGAUGAAUCUAUUCGACUUUACGAUGUUGCCGGCGCCGCAUGCUUGAAGGCAAUUAAUAGCAAAAAGUAUGGGGUUGAUCUGGUUUGCUUCACAUCUGAUCCUACAACUGUUUUAUACUCCUCAAAAAAUGGAUGGGAUGAAUCUCUGCGACUUCUCUCGUUGAACGAUAACAAGUAUUUGCGGUAUUUUAAAGGUCACCAUGACAGGGUUGUCUCGCUAAGUUUGUGCUCUCGCAAAGAAUGCUUUAUCUCCGGUUCUCUUGAUCGAACUGUUUUGCUUUGGGAUCAACGAGCUGAAAAGUGCCAGGGUCUUUUACGUGUACAAGGAAGGCCUGCUGCAGCAUAUGAUGAUCAAGGGAUAGUCUUUGCAAUUGCAUUUGGAGGAUACAUUAGAAUGUUUGAUUCUCGCAAGUAUGAAAAGGGUCCUUUUGACAUCUUUUCUGUUGGAGGAGAUGUAUCUGAUGCAAAUGCGGUAAAGUUCAGCAAUGAUGGAAGACUAAUGCUCUUGACUACCAUGGAUGGGCAUAUUCAUGUACUUGAUUCAUUCCGUGGAACACUUUUAUCUACAUACAAUGUGAAACCAGUUUCAAUCAAUUCCACAUUAGAGGCAUCUUUCAGUCCUGAAGGAAAGUUCGUUGUAUCAGGUUCAGGUGAUGGCCGAGUGCAUGCUUGGAGUGUAAGGAGUGGGAAAGAAGUUGCGAGUUGGGUGACAUAUGAAACUGAGCCUCAUGUCAUAAAAUGGGCACCUGGAAGUCUUAUGUUUGCUACUGGGUCUUCUGAGCUAUCAUUUUGGAUUCCGGACUUGUCUAAAUUAGCAGCUUAUGUUGGAAGGAAGUAGAAUUUCUUCAGUACUGCCCUUACAAUUUCAACCUUUAUGCAGCCAUGAGGUUUAUUGCUUCAUCUUUUUGGAUAAAAUUACCAGCAAAACUUGAAUCUAGUGCUGGAUUCUCCUCGUAUCUUUUUUCAGAAAAUAUAGUUCCUCUCCUUGCCUCUGGGGUUUCAGUUAUUGUAGGGAUUGUUUUUUGGUUUAGGGCAGUGGCAAUCAACUAUGCACUGUAUAAAUCAUCGCUCAACUUUCGAGCUUUUUUUGCGGUUGUAGAUGAGAAGUUGCUUGGGGGCUGUUACAGUAUCAACCUCGUAUAAUCGAAGUGUUCCAUAGAAAGCACAUUGAAGUUCAGGUAUCAAAAUGUAACAUUCUACAAUACCUUGUAACCUUUUGAUUGUAUAGACUUUACAUGAUAUGAGUUAGGCCAAUGAACGCACUAAAUUUCAUAGUUCUUUUACUAGUCAAUAGAAGUGAAUUUAUGCUGUAUACAA